GACUUGGUAAAGGCGGCCGAAGAAGCAAAGCUGACUAAUCUGCAACCAUGAAGAUGAAGAGAUGCAUCCUGCUGAUGCUCGCACUUGAGGCCGCCGUCCUCGUCGCCGGCCGCCCCUCCGCUGUUGCCGUCUCCAACGACGUGGGCACCAUUCUCAUGCCGACCGAAGGCAAAGGGCAAGUGGGAACGGCGGCGGCUUCCAGGCCAUGGGAUUGCUGCGACAACACCAUAUGCACCAGGUCCUUGCCGCCAAUCUGCAUCUGUCUGGACGAGGUCGACGAGUGCGCCUCCACCUGCAUGGCCUGCGUGCCGUCCGUCUCAAACCCAUUCCGCCGCGUCUGCGGAGACCGGUACUACGGCGACCCCGGGCCCAAGUGCACCUACAACACCGUCGCCGGCGACAACAACGACGACGCCCUCGUAGCGGCGGCGGCAGAGGAGGAGAAGCCGUGGGAGUGCUGUGACAUGGCUCUGUGCACCAGGUCAUACCCGCCGAUGUGCCGCUGCGUGGACGAGGUCGAGCAGUGCGCUGCAACCUGCAAGAGCUGCGGGGUGUCCAUCUUGAACCCGUUCCGCCACGUCUGCAACGACUGGUACAACGGCUUCCCAGGUCGCAAGUGCACCGAGGCCGCCCACGCCGGCGGUAAUAACUAGCACCUGCGUUGAUCAACGCCAUCAAGAGUGCACUUGAAUUUCCCCUGCAUGCAAUGUGUUACAAAUUACAAUAAAAUAAAAUAAAAAAUGGAUGGCCGGCUGGCUGGCCUGCUACCGCUACUGCUUGCCUGAAUGGUGAUCAGACAAGCAUGCAUGCAUGAAUAAUGACGAGUCGAGCGUCUGCAUGUUGAAAUAUUUCAAUUAUGAAUGGUGUGGUUUUCUUCCCGACAA